CUGCACUGAGCCUCCUCUGCUCCUUGUCGACACUCCCGUAACCGAUAAUACGCAUUAAAUUCCUACGUGGGCGCUUAUGGACCCUCGCGCACCGGAAGAAGAACCCGAAGAGCUCCACAACGGGUGGGGAGCUCUUUUCGACGAGGACGACGAGGACGAGGACUACACUCCCUCCGAGUGUGGCAGCGACCGGCUGUCGGACGCCUCCGACUGGGAUCCGGUCGAAGCUGCCCCCGAGAACCUGAUCCCGCCGAUUUACCUCCACAACACCAGGAUCAUGCGCGAGCGCCUCGCGUUCUCAGUGUCCCGCACGCGCACCAGCGUUCUCGAUCGCGUCAAGUAUAUUCUGGCAUAUAUGGAAUCAGUUGACAUGAAUCUGCCUCUUUUUUUAGAUGCGCUUAGCUGGGGAGACGAUGCCUGCAUUGCAGACCCCAAGGUUCAGUACGAGCGGACCGCCCUUAUGGGCAGUGAGGAGCUUCCCCGCAUUCUGGAGCGCUGGUACAAGGUUCCUCGCGCAUCCGCCUCGCGGCAUCACCACGUACGGCCCCAGGGCGCCAGGGAAGCUCUCGAGGAGUUUGCACUAGGUUGUGCAGAGGAGAUGGUGGAUCGCGAGCUUGAGGCUAGCUCGCAUCUCUUCCGUUCCCCCUCCGAUUGCCUUUCGGAGGAAGGCCUGACUCGAUUCCGGUUCUCGGAAGUUGCGGAGAGGUUGCAGGACAAGGUUUUGGGCGCUCCGAGCGUGUGGUGGCUUAUCCAUGGUGCGACACGGUGUUUCUGUCGUGCGUCACAGGGUAAAUCCCACAAAGAUGCUGUUUCCGUAUGCCUUGUAUCUACAUUGUUGUGUUUUGCAUUGAAUUGAAAUGUUGUGUCAG